ACACAGGUCCUGUCGCUGUGUUUCCCUGAACAUUCCCUCCACAGCUUGUGUUGCUCCCUGUUUGAAAGCAGCUCUAUAAUCCUGGAUCAGAGAGUACAAAGGGCCCCAGAGUGCUGGUGAUGUAAGCACUGUCCAGUGCUUACCCCACCGCUCUCCCAAACACUGCCCUAGUGGGUGAGGUGGGACAGGGAGGACCAUCCCAAUGGUGGCUGACCCUGAAGACUAGAGGCUGACAUCCAUACAGUGUUACUAGCAGGCUAAUGGCCUGUUUGCUGAUGACCUGGGACAUAGUGGGAAGGAGAAAGUGUUGACCAGCUUGCUGUAGAGGAAUGUGGCUAAGCUGUGGUGAGUGGUGGAUUGGCUCAGUGUGACCAGACAAAUAGACUGAGGAACUUUUGCUGCUUGUUACUACAUUUACUGUGCUUUAUUCGAGGAAGGCCACGUUGUCUCAGGUCUCCAUGGACUUGCUGCAGGACUCGAGUCACACCAUGUUGGGUCUGAAUGCCCGCUUGAAGGGCUUCCUGGAGCAGGUGAACAGGCUGCAGGAGGCCAACCGGCAGCUGGAGGCACAGAUAACCAACUGGGGCGCCAGGAGUACCUCACGCUCCCGAGACUGGUCCCAGCAGGAACAGACUGUGAAGGAGCUCCGUGCCCAGGUUGGCAAACUACUGAUGGAGAAUGCCCAGCUGGCAUUACAGUCAGACAGCAUGAAAUCCAGAGCUGCUGCCAUCCAGGCCAGGUGUGAAACAGAGGAGCGUAACACCUGCCGUCUGGAACAACAAGUAGCUCUGCUGAGGGAGUCAAAGAGGAAGGCCGAUCAGAGCAGCAUGACACUGCAGGCAGAGUUUCACCACUCCAUGACAGAGCUGCAGGAGAUGCACCAGGAGUUUGAGGCAGCCCAGGCUCUGCAGCUGCAGCGGGCCGGUUCCUGCGAUGCCCUGUUAGCAACAACCACAGCAGCAGCAGCAGCAGCAGGAGGGGAGGAGGAGGAUGGCACAGGGAUGGAGCUCACCCAGCUCCUCAACCGAAUCAGAGCGCAGUGCGACCACAACAGACUUCCCGGCCCCAGCGAGAGACACCACGGCCCGGGUGCCACCUCAAAUCCACCCCCUGGCUUGGUCGGGCCUAGCUGCUCUGGAGCCGGAGCAGCAGCAGCAGCAGCAUCCAGAGCACACAGAGGGGCUCUCAGUGAGGAGGAGGCAGCAUGGGCUCAGGUGAGCCUCGGUGGCACUGCCCUGAGGGAGGCACGGGCCGAGCUAGCCGAGGCCAGGAAGCAAUGGCACUCCCUGCAGGUGGAGAUUGAGACCCUGCAUGCCUUGGAGAAAGGCCUGGAAAGCUCCUUGCACCAUACCCAGCGGAUGUACUCCAGCCAGCUGCAGGACCUUUCUCAGGUGAUUCUUGGGCUGGAGAGUGAGCUGGAGCAGGUGAGGGGUGGGCUGGCCACCCAGCGUCAGCGACACAGCCAGCUCCUCAACACCAAGAUGAGGCUGGAGCGAGAGAUCGCCACUUACCGACGUCUGUUGGAGCGCGAAGAGGGCAGGUACAUGGGUCGUGAAGGGCGGCCAGUGGGUCUGCGACCCUGGAGGUGUUCUGUGGUGGAGCCGAAGGAAAAUGGCCUGGAGAAUGGUUUCAGUGACGCUGCUAUAACUCCAGAUGAACCCAAGUCUGAGCCUCUGCCUGAAAUACCGUCACUCCUCCCAGCAGAGAAUGGGCUGAAGAAAAGCAUACUGCAUAGACAGCAAAGCCUUGUGAUACUCACAGAGCCAGAGCAAGAUAAAGACUUGCCAAUCUCCACUGUGAAGACUCAGGAGAUUCUUCAGGGCAAUGUUGUGCAGGAGAGCGCAGAGGGUCACGGCACCAUUGAGACGGAGAAGAUUGACAAGGUGAUAAAGCAGUGGGAGGGCUCCUUCUUCCGAGGGAAUCCCAAGCUGCGGAAGAAGUCAGUGUCGCUGCGCUUUGACCUGCACAUGGCUGCAGCAGAUGAGGGGUGUGCCCAGACUAAACAGGACAGCCUCCCUGACGUGGAGGUGCGUCUCAUCAUGAAGAGAUCUCGCAGCAUCCCAACUAUCACACAGUAACUCUGUCACCAGUUGGCCAGACUCAACACUAGUUUGCAGGUGUUUGUGGUAAUACAGGUGACACUGAGGUUACAGAAAUAGCAUCUGUGUCAUUGACAUCUGGGAUGUUGCCAUCCAUUACUGUCAUGCUUAUUAUGAAUUUCAAAGUACAACAGUCACUGAACUUUGCAUCACCUCUGAUGACUGAAAGCAUCACCCAUCAGGCUUUUGUGCUGAUCUAAUGGGGCCAUUUUUAUAGUGUCAGAAAACCACCACAAAUAUAUCAGAUUACACAUUACAGAGGAGAACAAUCUAAUAUGCAAACAUACUUCUCUGUCAUCUUUCUAGAUGGAGAAAAAGUGUCUCUCAACACUGUUAUUAUUUCAGUAUGAGGUCACUGGACAAAAGAGAUUAUAUCGACCAUAUGACUCAGCUUAACUACCACAUUCAGUUCUAAUUAACACUUGGUACAGGAGGCUGAGUGCUCAGAUAGAUGCAGAAAAGUGGAGGUGCAGAGUCACAGAUCACUAUGAGCUGCCGUGAACUAUCAAAGGGUUUUUUUCCUCAAGGGACUGUGCGGGAAUUAUUUGGGGGAGGAGGGCUCAGAGAAGGUCACUAUACUAUCACAGCACCCACUUCCACUUUAUUUUAUAGCUUAUUUAUAUCUUAACAGAGGGCAGAAUACGAUGAAAUAAUAUAUUUUUUAAAUGUAAAUGUGCCAUAGAAAGUGACAAUGGCAGUUCAAAUAUAAGGAAUGGUUAGAGUAUUUGGUGAAAUAGUCAGUAAAAGUUUGAAAAUUUCGUAUGAAAUUUUGUUGUCAAAACUGUGGUUAAUAGCUAAUUGCUCUCUGCUAAUGAACAAUUUGAAGAGUAUAUUCCAUUUUAGAGUAAUUUUACACUAAGUUUUACACUUUUUGAGUUGGUGAAUUACAUGCACCGUCACUUAAAUACACAAUUUAUCCUGGUGCCUUUUAUCAUGUUCAUUACAACCAGGAGUUUUUUUUUUUUUUUAAUGAUAUAACCUGGGGCACUCUGCAACAAAACUACCAGGUGACAUCAUGUUCACCUUCCCAAUAUUACAGUAGUAGGGAUAUAUCACAGUAGUAGGAACACUACCUCUACUACUAAGCCUGGAGUACACAAUCCUUCAUUCUUUUCACGCUUUUUGUUAUUAAUGGAAAAAAAAAUAGCAAUCCAAUGACAAUAGAUAAUGUUUGGAGGGUAUGAAGCAGUGUUCAGUCCCCUACACACCUAAAUAAUUUUCAUACAGUCCCUAAAUGCUUGCAUUGCAGACACUUACAGCACUUAGAAGAACAUCAGCACUGAGAGAUAUCCAGAUUGUGUGUGUACUUAGAGGGUCUUUGUCAUCGCAGUUCAUUCUCUAUGUGGAGAAAAAAAUAUCUUGCAACUCAAAAUAAUAAUGUAGCUUCAUUUUAUGAUGCAUCAUCCUUAAAAGAAAAAGAAAAAGAAAAAAAAAACUGCUCACUGUGAUCUUAACAGCAGUGAGGCUCUUCACGCUCACCGUGUGUCUCAGAGAAUUUAGAUUCCCUGUCUUAACCAGAGGAGGGCAGUAUUUGUAAAUAAUUAACACUGCAGUGUAUCUUUAAUGCUCAACUCGGGUUGUGUAACACAUGCUAUCUGUUACACCUUAGAUUGAGAGUUUUUACGGAAAGUUUUGAGUUGGCACCAAAGAUAGAAAAAUAAGAAAUGGACCAUUGUGCAUUGCAUUUGGGUGCCUCAGAAUAUGUUAUAAAGAUAUUAUCUAUGCAGUUCUGUGCUUGAUUUUGCUUUGCACUCUUCAUUUUGGGAGCUCUGUAACCUCAAAAUGAAGUAUUAUGCUUUUAUCUGAUAUAUCAUUUAAAAUAAAAAAGAAACAUGUGCAAACA